UCCAGGCAUUAGCGUCUGCUCUCUUUUCACUGACCGCGGAGGCAAUGGCACCUUCGGUUCUGCAGAAUGGCGGCUUCAUUUUGGGUUUGAUUGGCGCAGCGGCCCUCGUCGCGGCCACGGCCAUGAACAACUGGAGCGUGAAGGACAGACAGGGAGACGUGGUGACUUCUGUCUACACGUACAAAGGUCUGUGGCAGGACUGCGAGACGACGUCUUCAGGAUUCAAUGAGUGCCGCCCGCUCUACGGACUCCUGGGAUACACAGGUACCUUCCAGGCUGUGCGAGCCUUGAUGAUAGUGGGUGUGGUGCUGAGUGUACUCGGGGCGGUGAUUUCAGUUUUCUCCCUGAAGUGCCUGACGAUGAACACAAUGGAGGACCGCACAAAGGCCAAGAUGAGCCUCACUGCUGGCAUCAUGUUCAUCAUUGCAGGACUGUGUGGCAUUGCAGGAGCCUCAAUCUAUGCCAACCAGAUUGUGUCCAGUUUCACGAUGUCUACCUACAACAACAACUACGGAGGUGGAAUGAUGGGGAUGGGUGGAGGAAUGCAAGGAAUCCCCACAUACACGUUCGGCCCUGCUCUGUUUGUAGCGUGGAUAGGAGGGGGCGUCCUGGUUAUUGGAGGCAUCCUGAAGUCACUGGCUUUCAAGGAAAUGGUCAAAGAUGAAAAACUCCAGUACCCUGGGGUUGUGUACAAGCCUCAGUCCCGCUCCAAAAGCGAGCCGGGUGAGCAUCAGCCAGAGGGCGACAAGAAAAACCACUACGUAUAACUAGAAGCCCGAUCUUUCAUUUGCAUGUUCUUAAGAUUUACGCAAUAUUUCAUCAUUAUUACCUGAUAAUGUUUCCAGUUGAACCAGUAGUUGAGGCAGAAUAUUUGGUUUUCACAUGCACAUCAUCAAUGGUUACUAAAUAUUGUUAUAAAAGCCCAGACAUUGUAGUCAGUUUAAGUUUUUAUACUUAAGUUUGGUCAAAUCAUUUUACUUUUGAAAAUAAAAUACUGAUUUUAAGAA